AUGCCCACCUUGAACGUAAGCGACCUUAACAUUGUCCUUGGCGUACUGGGUGCCUUCACAGUUUUGUACGGUAUCAUUUCGGUCAAGAUCAAGCAGGCUUGGUAUCUUGGAGAAGCCCUCCCCGCCGUCGCCGUUGGGAUUAUUCUUGGUCCUGUAUCAGCAAAAUUCCUCGAAAGUGAGAACUGGGGUUCCGCCACCCCUGGCCAGACCAAUGCCAUUACCCUGGGUGCUGCACGUGUUAUGAUUGGCGUACAGCUUGUCAUUGCGGGUUACCAGCUUCCAGCUAAAUAUGGUUAUACGCGAUGGAAGGAGAUGGCGAUGUGUCUUUUGCCUAUCAUGACCAUAAUGUGGCUUUGUACAACAUUGUGCAUCUUGGCUACCAUCCCUAAGGUGACCUUUCUAGCAGCCCUCGUGAUUGGAUCUUGUGUUACCUGCACUGAUCCUAUCCUCUCGCAAGCAAUUGCCAAAGGUCCCUUUGCCGACAAAUAUGUAGCCCGCCCACUCCGUGAGAUCAUCUCCGCCGAGGCUGGGGCUAAUGAUGGUUUUGGAUUCCCUUUCUUAAUGCUUGCGACUUAUUUGCUUCGGCAUAUCAACGUCCCUGCGGGAGGCGACCAUGACAUCGACGCUGGCGACUCGACCCAUUCUCUCAUGCCGCGAUCUACGGGCGUUGGUCGGCUUGGAGGUGGUGUUGGCGCAGCUAUGGAGGAAUGGUUUAUUGAGACUUGGCUCUAUACGAUUCUACUGUCAGUCGUAUAUGGUGCUGCUGUUGGCUACGGUUCCUGUAAGGGCAUCAGCUUCGUUCUCCGAAGGAGAUGGGUCGAUUGCGAGUCCUAUCUGCUAUUUCCAGUCGCUCUAGGUUCGUUUCUCAUUGGUACUUGUGGUGCUCUUGGUACCGAUGACCUCCUGGCCUGCUUUGUUGCUGGUUGUGCCCUCAACUGGGAUGGCAGCUACUUGAGAGAAACUCAAAUUCGACACGACGAAGUUAACUCUUGCAUAGAUGUCCUGCUUAACUUUGGCGGUUUUAUGUAUAUUGGAACGAUACUGCCGUGGUCCGACUUUAACGACCCUCAAGUGACCGGAAUCACCUGGGGUCGACUCUUCGCCUUAGGCUUUCUGGUCCUUAUCUUCCGUCGGUUACCAGCUGUCCUCGGCUUAUACAAGCUGAUGCCGGGAGUUUGCUCGAAUUGGAAGGAGGCCUUUUUUAUGGGAUACUUCGGUCCUAUUGGUGCUGGCGCUGUAUUUUACGUUGAGCAUGCACGCCAUCUCUUCCCCGAGGCCGGCGAAGGUGACGAAGAAGUGGCAAAUCUUACCCGGGCGUUGGGGCCGACAGUUUACUGGCUGGUGGUAUUUUCUAUCGUGGUCCACGGGUUGUCCAUUCCGGCAUUGAGCGCCAUCUAUCACUUCAGAGGAGUGAAGCCGAUCAAGGAGGACGCCGCUGAGGUGCGACGCCUCUCUAUACAUGUUUCGCCACCCGCCAAUGCUGUUGAAACUGAUCAGAACACUUUCCUCGCUUACAACCGAUUUAGUCGGCCGGGAGUCAAUAGCGUUGACCUCCCAGUCUCUGAAGGCAUUCGGUGGCAGGGCGAAUCCGGGGAAAUGCAGGACAAUCCAGGCAAAGGUGGCAGCAGCUCAUCUCAAGGUUAA